AUGGCUACAAAUUCCAUAGAAAGUCAAUCUGAUCUUGAGAAAACGUCUAAUUGUAUACAGAAAAACAUUCUUAACUCCAGCGAUCUUUACGGAUGCAUCAAUGCAUAUACAGAUUGGUACAACAAUUCUGCAGAUGAUUUCUUUCCAUUGGAAAACUAUGAUAAUAUUACAAUAUUAUCAAAUCCUAUAGAUAAUAAAAGUCAGUUCAAAAAUGUAAGAGAAUCAAAGAGGUGUGAAAAAUUGAGAAGUGGUGCCAUUCUAACAACUGCAUCAAACAGAAAAGAAAGAACUGCUUUUACAAAGGAACAAUUAAAGGAACUUGAAGCUGAAUUUUCACAUUCCAACUAUUUGACGAGAUUACGCCGUUAUGAAAUUGCUGUAGCUCUAGAUUUGACUGAGAGACAGGUUAAAGUUUGGUUUCAAAAUAGACGUAUGAAAUGGAAGCGUUUUAGACUGGAAACGAAGACAGUGUUGAGUAAUGAAUUAAGAAAUUUGUAGUGAAAUAUCAACAAAUUAUAUUUAUUAAAAUUUACAUGAUUAUUUAUUAAAAGGAGAAAUUUCAUAACAGAUUAUAAAAGACAUAUUUAUAAAUAAAUUACAACUAAUAUAUUACAAA